UUCCAUUGCCAAAUCAACAAUUUCCCGCGCUUUCCACUAAAGAGCUUCAAAACCCAACGGCAAUGGCCAUAACGAAGCAACAUCUUGACUUCCUCUUCACUCUCUCAUUUAUCUUCUUUUUCCAUCUACAUUGCUCAACAACUUCAGCCCAAGCUCCGGCACCAGCACCACCCACUCCACUGGACAUCAUCAAAAUUCUUGGAAAAGCUAGCCAAUACACCAUCUUCAUUCGUCUUCUAAGAUCUACACAAGUCUCCGAUCGUCUCAUUGGUGAGCUCACAGAUGCAGACGAUGGGAAGACCAUUUUCGCACCCACAGAUAAGGCUUUCUCAAACCUGGAAUCUGGUGCAUUGAACUCACUCAACGAUGAACAAAGGGUUGAACUGGUUCUGUAUCACGUCGUCCCAAUUUACAUCCCAUUAAACCAAUUCCAAACUGUUAGUAACCCAAUGGGAACUCAAGCUGGAGAUAGUGGCGACGGUGCGUUCCCUCUUAAUGUCACCACUGCAGGAAAUACAGUAACUCUAAUGACUGGGCUAACAAAAACCAGAGUUGCUGGCACAAUUUAUACUGACGGUCAGCUUGCUAUUUAUCGGGUGGAUCAAGUACUUCAACCUUUGCAAAUCUUCGCUUCUAGGUCUUCAGGUCCAGCACCAGCACCGGGAAAUUCUAGGAAGGCUGCUGAGAAGUCUAAAGCUUCCACCCUUGCCCUGCAUAAUUUAGCUUUGUUGGCAUUUAGCAUUAUGGUUUUUUAACUUUCUUUAUGACAAUAAAGGGGGGGGGGGAUGGUGUUUUUCAUGA